GAAACUGGGGCAGAAGUGAAGAUGGCGGCGGCGGCGCUGGCGGCGGCGGUUCGUCGCCAGUGACGCGCGCUGCGGGCUGCUGUCCCUCCCGGCUCCCCGCGUCCGCCGCGUCCGCCGCGGGGCCCCUCCACCCGCCGCGCUCCGGCCGGGCCGCCCUCGUCCGUGCGCGCCGUGGCCGGCCGAGCGGGCGGCGCGUUGAUCCGCCCUCCCGCCCGCCGCGCCGGACCGCCGGGCCGCGGACACACGCUCGGCGGGGAGGCGGCGGGCCCUGCGCGCUCGCGGGCCUCCGUUUGGGGACCCGGAGGAGGAGGAGGAGGAGGAGGACGAGGAGGGGGCGGUGGCGGCGGCCGUGGGUUCCGCGGACGGGAAGGGACUCCCCGGGGGACCGGGCGACGGCGGCAGCGGCUCGUCCCCGGGAGCGGGGCGAGCAGGCGGCACCAUGACGUCCAUCCAUUUCGUGGUCCACCCGCUGCCGGGCACCGAGGACCAGCUCAAUGACAGGUUACGGGAAGUUUCAGAGAAGCUGAACAAGUACAAUUUGAACAGCCACCCGCCUUUGAAUGUCCUGGAGCAGGCUACUAUAAAACAGUGUGUUGUAGGACCGAAUCACGCUGCCUUUCUCCUUGAGGAUGGCAGAAUUUGUAGAAUUGGUUUUUCAGUACAACCAGACAGACUGGAAUUGGGUAAACCUGAUAAUAACGAUGGGUCAAAACUGAAUAGCAGCUCAGGGGCUGGGAGGACUUCUAGGCCUGGCAGGACGAGUGACUCUCCGUGGUUCCUCUCAGGCUCUGAGACUCUGGGCAGGCUGGCAGGCAAUACUCUGGGGAGCCGCUGGAGUUCUGGAGUUGGGGGAAGUGGAGGAGGCUCCUCUGGUAGAUCAUCUGCUGGAGCUCGAGAUUCCCGGAGACAGACAAGAGUCAUUAGGACAGGGCGAGAUCGGGGGUCUGGACUUCUGGGCAGUCAGCCCCAGCCAGUUAUCCCAGCGUCCGUCAUCCCCGAGGAGCUGAUUUCACAGGCCCAGGUUGUUUUACAAGGCAAAUCCAGAAGUGUCAUUAUUCGAGAACUUCAGCGGACAAACCUUGAUGUAAACCUUGCUGUAAAUAAUUUACUCAGCCGAGAUGAUGAAGAUGGAGACGAUGGGGAUGACACAGCCAGUGAAUCUUACCUGCCUGGAGAGGAUCUUAUGUCUCUUCUUGAUGCUGACAUUCACUCUGCCCACCCAAGUGUCAUUAUUGAUGCUGAUGCUAUGUUUUCUGAAGACAUUAGCUAUUUUGGUUACCCCUCUUUUCGUCGUUCAUCACUUUCUAGGCUAGGCUCAUCUCGAGUUCUCCUUCUUCCCUUAGAGAGAGACUCGGAGCUUUUGCGGGAACGGGAAUCUGUUCUACGAUUGCGGGAACGAAGGUGGCUCGAUGGAGCCUCAUUUGAUAAUGAGAGGGGCUCUUCCAGCAAAGAAGGAGAGCCAAACCCGGAUAAGAAGAGCACACCUGUCCAAAGUCCAGUGUCCCUGGGGGAAGAUUUGCAGUGGUGGCCUGAGAAGGAUGGAACAAAAUUUACCUGCAUUGGGGCUCUGUAUUCUGAGCUUCUCGCUGUCAGUAAUAAAGGAGAACUUUAUCAGUGGAGAUGGAGCGAGUCCGAGCCUUAUAGAAGUGCCCAGAAUCCUUCAUUACACCAUCCACGAGCAGCAUUUUUGGGGUUGACCAAUGAAAAGAUAGUCCUCCUGUCUGCAAAUAGCAUCAGAGCAACUGUGGCUACUGAAAAUAACAAGGUUGCUACAUGGGUGGACGAAACUUUAAGUUCUGUGGCUUCUAAGUUAGAGCACACUGCACAGACUUACUCUGAACUUCAAGGAGAACGGAUAGUUUCUCUACAUUGCUGUGCCCUUUAUACCUGCGCCCAGCUGGAGAAUAACUUAUAUUGGUGGGGUGUUGUCCCUUUUAGUCAAAGGAAGAAAAUGUUAGAGAAAGCUAGAGCAAAAAAUAAAAAGCCCAAAUCCAGUGCUGGCCUUUCCUCCAUGCCAAACAUCACCGUUGGGACUCAGGUCUGCUUAAGAAAUAAUCCUCUUUAUCAUGCUGGAGCAGUUGCGUUUUCAAUUAGUGCUGGGAUUCCUAAAGUUGGCGUCUUAAUGGAGUCUGUUUGGAAUAUGAAUGACAGCUGUAGGUUUCAGCUGCGGUCUCCAGAAAGCCUGAAGAGCAUGGAAAAAGCCAGCAAAACCAUUGAAACCAAGCCUGAGAGUAAGCAGGAGCCAGUCAAAACAGAGAUGGGUCCUCCGCCAUCCCCAGCUUCCACGUGCAGUGAUGCAUCCUCAAUCGCCAGCAGUGCAUCAAUGCCAUACAAACGGCGUCGAUCAACUCCUGCCCCGAAGGAAGAGGAGAAGGUGAAUGAAGAACAGUGGUCUCUUCGGGAAGUUGUUUUUGUUGAAGAUGUCAAGAAUGUACCUGUCGGCAAGGUGCUAAAGGUAGAUGGUGCCUAUGUUGCUGUAAAGUUUCCAGGAACAUCCAGUAACACAAACUGUCCGAACACCUCUGGCCCAGAUGCUGACCCUUCUUCGCUCCUGCAGGACUGCAGGCUACUUAGAAUUGAUGAGCUGCAGGUUGUCAAAACUGGCGGCACACCGAAAGUUCCUGACUGUUUUCAGAGGACUCCUAAAAAGCUUUGUAUACCGGAGAAGACUGAAAUACUAGCAGUGAAUGUGGAUUCCAAAGGUGUACACGCUGUUCUGAAGACGGGGAACUGGGUACGGUACUGUAUCUUUGAUCUUGCUACAGGAAAAGCUGAACAAGAAAAUAAUUUUCCAACAAGCAGCAUUGCUUUUCUUGGUCAGAAUGAGAGGAAUGUAGCUAUUUUCACUGCUGGGCAGGAAUCUCCUAUUAUUCUUCGAGAUGGAAAUGGUACUAUCUACCCAAUGGCCAAAGAUUGCAUGGGUGGAAUAAGGGAUCCUGACUGGCUUGAUCUUCCACCAAUUAGUAGUCUUGGGAUGGGUGUGCAUUCUUUAAUAAAUCUUCCUGCUAACUCAACAAUCAAAAAGAAAGCUGCUAUUAUCAUCAUGGCUGUCGAGAAGCAAACCUUAAUGCAGCAUAUUCUCCGAUGUGACUAUGAGGCCUGCCGGCAGUAUCUUGUGAAUCUUGAGCAAGCCGUUGUUUUAGAGCAGAACCUACAGAUGCUACAGACGUUCAUCAGCCACAGAUGUGAUGGAAAUCGGAACAUUCUGCAUGCUUGCGUAUCAGUUUGUUUUCCAACUAGCAAUAAGGAAACUAAGGAAGAAGAGGAAGCUGAGCGCUCAGAAAGAAAUACAUUUGCAGAAAGGCUUUCUGCUGUGGAGGCCAUUGCAAAUGCAAUCUCAGUUGUUUCAAGUAAUGGCCCAGGUAAUCGGGCUGGAUCAUCAAGUAGUCGAAGUCUGAGAUUACGGGAAAUGAUGAGACGGUCAUUGAGAGCAGCUGGUUUGGGUAGACAUGAGGCUGGAGCUUCAUCCAGUGACCACCAGGAUCCAGUCUCACCCCCCAUAGCUCCCCCUAGUUGGGUUCCCGACCCUCCUUCAAUGGAUCCUGAUGGUGACAUUGAUUUUAUCCUGGCCCCCGCUGUGGGAUCUCUUACCACAGCAGCGACUGGCAGCGGUCAAGGACCAAGCACCUCCACCAUCCCAGGUCCUUCCACAGAGCCUUCUGUAGUAGAAUCCAAGGAUCGAAAGGCAAAUGCUCAUUUUAUAUUAAAACUGUUGUGCGAUAGUGCAGUUCUGCAGCCGUACCUACGGGAGCUCCUUUCUGCCAAGGAUGCAAGAGGGAUGACCCCAUUUAUGUCAGCUGUAAGUGGCCGAGCUUACCCUGCUGCAAUUACCAUCUUAGAAACAGCCCAGAAAAUUGCAAAAGCUGAAGUGUCCUCAAAUGAGAAAGAGGAAGAUGUGUUUAUGGGGAUGGUUUGCCCGUCAGGCACUAACCCUGACGACUCCCCUUUAUAUGUCUUAUGCUGCAAUGACACCUGCAGUUUUACAUGGACUGGAGCAGAGCACAUCAACCAGGACAUUUUUGAAUGUCGAACUUGUGGUUUACUGGAGUCACUUUGUUGUUGUACAGAAUGUGCAAGGGUCUGUCAUAAAGGGCACGAUUGCAAACUCAAGCGGACUUCACCAACAGCCUAUUGUGAUUGUUGGGAGAAGUGUAAGUGUAAAACUCUGAUUGCUGGACAGAAAUCAGCUCGUCUUGAUCUCCUUUAUCGCCUGCUCACUGCUACAAAUCUGGUCACUCUACCAAAUAGUAGGCAAGUAGAAUUCUUAGAUGGAAAGAGCUCAGCACAUGCUGGUAACUCUCUCUCACUCUCACAACAUGCUCUAUUUUCCAGGGGAGAGCACCUGUUGCUGUUCUUAGUACAGACUGUGGCCAGGCAGACAGUGGAGCAUUGCCAGUACAGGCCACCACGAAUCAGGGAAGAUCGUAACCGGAAAACAGCCAGUCCUGAAGAUUCAGAUAUGCCUGAUCACGACUUAGAGCCUCCAAGGUUUGCUCAGCUCGCACUAGAGCGAGUCCUGCAGGAUUGGAAUGCUUUAAGAUCUAUGAUUAUGUUUGGGUCACAGGAGAAUAAAGACCCCCUGAGUGCCAGCAGUAGGGUAGGCCAUCUUUUGCCAGAAGAGCAGGUAUACCUCAAUCAGCAGAGCGGCACAAUUCGGCUGGACUGUUUCACGCAUUGCCUUAUCGUCAAGUGUACAGCAGAUAUUUUGCUUUUGGAUACUCUGCUGGGCACAUUAGUAAAAGAACUCCAAAACAAAUACACACCUGGACGCCGAGAAGAAGCAGUUGCUGUGACGAUGCGGUUUCUACGGUCAGUGGCAAGAGUGUUCGUCAUUCUUAGCGUGGAAAUGGCAUCAUCUAAAAAGAAAAACAAUUUUAUUCCACAGCCAAUUGGAAAAUGCAAACGUGUGUUCCAAGCACUGCUUCCUUAUGCUGUAGAAGAAUUGUGCAAUGUGGCAGAGUCUUUGAUUGUUCCUGUUAGGAUGGGGAUUGCUCGCCCCACAGCACCGUUUACACUGGCCAGCACUAGCAUAGAUGCCAUGCAGGGCAGCGAAGAGCUGUUUUCAGUAGAGCCAUUACCACCACGGCCAUCAUCAGAUCAGUCAAGCAGCUCCAGCCAGUCGCCAUCAUCGUACAUCAUCCGGAAUCCACAGCAGAGGCGCAUCAGCCAGUCACAGCCUGUGAGAGGCCGAGAUGAAGAGCAGGACGAUAUCGUGUCAGCAGAUGUGGAGGAGGUUGAGGUAGUGGAAGGCGUGGCUGGAGAGGAGGACCAUCACGAUGAACAGGAAGAGCAUGGGGAAGAGAAUGCAGAGGCUGAGGGUCACCAUGAUGAACAUGAUGAGGAUGGAAGUGACAUGGAGCUAGAUUUGUUAGCAGCUGCUGAAACGGAAAGUGACAGUGAAAGUAACCAUAGUAACCAAGAUAAUGCUAGUGGCCGAAGAAGUGUGGUCACUGCAGCGACAGCUGGCUCAGAAGCAGGAGCGAGCAGUGUUCCUGCCUUUUUUUCUGAAGACGAUUCUCAGUCAAAUGACUCAAGUGACUCUGACAGCAGUAGCAGUCAGAGUGAUGACCUAGAACAGGAGACCUUCAUGCUUGAUGAACCACUAGAAAGAACCACCAAUAGCUCCCAUGCAAAUGGUGCUGCCCAGGCUCCACGUUCCAUGCAGUGGGCUGUCCGUAAUACCCAGCAUCAGCGAGCAGCCAGCACAGCUCCGUCCAGUACAUCUACACCAGCAGCAAGUUCCGCGGGUUUGAUUUAUAUUGAUCCUUCAAAUUUACGCCGGAGCGGCACCAUCAGUACCAGUGCUGCAGCCGCAGCCGCUGCUUUGGAAGCUAGCAAUGCCAGCAGCUACUUAACAUCUGCAAGCAGUUUAGCCAGGGCUUACAGCAUUGUCAUCCGACAAAUCUCGGACUUGAUGGGCCUUAUCCCUAAGUAUAACCACCUAGUAUACUCUCAGAUUCCAGCAGCUGUGAAGCUAACUUACCAAGAUGCAGUCAACUUACAGAACUAUGUAGAAGAAAAGCUUAUUCCCACGUGGAACUGGAUGGUCAGUAUUAUGGAUUCUACUGAAGCUCAAUUACGUUAUGGUUCUGCAUUAGCAUCUGCUGGUGAUCCAGGACAUCCAAAUCAUCCCCUUCAUGCCUCUCAGAAUUCAGCUCGCAGAGAGAGGAUGACUGCACGAGAAGAGGCCAGUUUAAGGACUCUGGAAGGCAGACGACGUGCUACAUUGCUUAGCGCCCGCCAGGGAAUGAUGUCUGCUCGAGGAGAUUUUCUCAAUUACGCCCUUUCUUUAAUGCGAUCUCAUAAUGACGAGCAUUCUGAUGUUCUUCCGGUGUUGGAUGUGUGCUCAUUGAAGCAUGUGGCUUAUGUUUUCCAAGCCCUGAUAUAUUGGAUUAAAGCAAUGAACCAACAGACAACACUGGACACUCCUCAACUGGAACGCAAAAGGACACGAGAACUCUUGGAGCUGGGUAUUGACAAUGAAGAUUCUGAGCAUGAGAACGACGAGGACACCAGUCAAAGUGCUACUUUGAAUGAUAAGGAUGAUGAAUCUCUUCCUGCAGAAACUGGACAAAACCACCCUUUUUUCCGACGUUCAGACUCUAUGACGUUCCUUGGAUGUAUACCCCCAAAUCCAUUUGAAGUGCCUUUGGCUGAAGCCAUACCCUUGGCUGAUCAGCCACAUUUGUUGCAGCCAAAUGCUAGAAAGGAAGAUCUAUUUGGCCGUCCAAGUCAGGGUCUUUAUUCCUCAUCUACCGGUAGUGGGAAAUGCUUAGUGGAAGUUACAACGGACAGAAAUUGCCUCGAGGUUCUUCCAACUAAAAUGUCUUAUGCUGCCAAUCUAAAAAAUGUAAUGAACAUGCAAAACCGGCAAAAGAAAGAAGGGGAAGAGCAGACUGUGCUGGCUGAGGAAGCCGAGAGUUCAAAACCAGGACCAUCUGCUCACGAUGUUGCUGCCCAAUUGAAGAGCAGUUUACUAGCAGAGAUUGGACUCACUGAAAGUGAAGGACCACCCCUUACAUCAUUUAGGCCACAGUGUAGCUUCAUGGGGAUGGUCAUUUCUCAUGACAUGCUGCUGGGACGGUGGCGCCUUUCUUUAGAACUCUUUGGCAGAGUAUUUAUGGAAGAUGUUGGAGCAGAGCCUGGAUCGAUCUUAACUGAAUUGGGUGGAUUUGAGGUAAAAGAAUCAAAGUUCCGUAGAGAAAUGGAAAAACUGAGAAACCAGCAAUCAAGAGACUUAUCACUAGAGGUCGAUCGGGACCGGGAUCUUCUCAUUCAACAGACCAUGAGGCAGCUCAACAAUCAUUUUGGCCGAAGAUGUGCUACCACACCAAUGGCUGUCCACAGGGUUAAAGUCACCUUUAAGGAUGAACCAGGAGAGGGCAGUGGUGUAGCACGAAGUUUCUAUACAGCCAUCGCACAAGCAUUUUUAUCAAAUGAAAAAUUGCCAAAUCUAGAUUGUAUCCAGAAUGCCAACAAAGGGACCCAUACAAGUUUAAUGCAAAGAUUGAGGAACCGAGGAGAGAGAGAUCGGGAAAGAGAAAGAGAAAGGGAAAUGAGGAGGAGUAGUGGUUUGCGAGCAGGAUCUCGGAGAGACCGGGAUAGAGACUUCAGGAGACAGCUUUCCAUCGACACCAGGCCUUUCAGACCUGCUUCUGAGGGGAACCCUAGUGAUGACCCGGAUCCUCUCCCAGCUCAUCGGCAGGCACUUGGAGAGAGGCUUUAUCCCCGAGUCCAAGCAAUGCAACCUGCAUUUGCAAGUAAAAUCACUGGCAUGUUGUUGGAGUUAUCCCCAGCUCAGCUGCUGCUCCUCCUAGCGAGUGAAGACUCUCUGAGGGCCAGAGUGGACGAAGCUAUGGAACUCAUCAUUGCACAUGGAAGGGAAAAUGGAGCUGAUAGCAUCUUGGACCUUGGAUUAUUAGACUCCUCAGAAAAGGUACAGGAGAACCGAAAGCGCCAUGGCUCUAGUCGAAGUGUAGUGGAUAUGGAUUUAGAUGACACAGAUGAUGGUGAUGACAAUGCUCCCUUGUUUUACCAACCUGGAAAGAGAGGGUUUUAUACUCCAAGACCUGGCAGAAACACAGAAGCAAGGUUGAAUUGUUUCAGGAACAUUGGCAGGAUUCUUGGACUAUGUCUGUUGCAAAAUGAACUAUGUCCUAUCACAUUGAAUAGGCAUGUAAUUAAAGUGUUGCUUGGUAGAAAAGUCAACUGGCAUGACUUUGCUUUUUUUGACCCUGUAAUGUAUGAGAGUUUGCGACAACUGAUCCUGGCAUCUCAGAGUUCAGAUGCUGAGGCUGUUUUCUCAGCAAUGGAUUUGGCAUUUGCAAUUGACCUGUGUAAAGAAGAGGGUGGAGGACAGGUUGAACUCAUUCCAAACGGUGUAAAUAUCCCAGUCACUCCUCAGAAUGUGUAUGAGUAUGUGAGGAAGUACGCAGAGCAUAGAAUGUUGGUAGUUGCAGAACAGCCAUUGCAUGCAAUGAGGAAGGGACUACUAGAUGUGCUUCCAAAAAAUUCCUUAGAAGAUUUAACAGCAGAAGACUUUCGGCUUUUGGUGAAUGGCUGUGGUGAAGUUAAUGUGCAGAUGUUGAUCAGUUUCACCUCUUUCAAUGAUGAGUCAGGAGAGAAUGCUGAGAAACUCCUACAAUUCAAGCGUUGGUUCUGGUCAAUAGUAGAAAAAAUGAGUAUGACAGAACGACAGGACCUUGUUUACUUUUGGACAUCAAGCCCAUCAUUGCCAGCCAGUGAAGAAGGUUUUCAGCCUAUGCCCUCAAUCACAAUAAGACCGCCAGAUGACCAACAUCUUCCUACUGCAAAUACUUGUAUUUCUCGACUUUAUGUUCCACUCUAUUCCUCUAAACAGAUUCUCAAACAAAAAUUACUACUCGCCAUUAAGACCAAGAAUUUUGGUUUUGUGUAGAGUAUAAACAGUGUGUAUUGCUGUGUAAUAUUACUAGCUAAUUUUGUAGAUUUUUUUUCCCAUUUGUCUAUAAAAGUUUAUGAAAGUUAAUGCUGUCAUAUCCCCUGGUGGUACCUUAAAGAGAUUAAAUGCAAACAUUCCUUGCUGAGUGUGUAGCUUAAAGGCCUGAGAAGCACUGGCAUCUUUUGUCUAUGAUGGUCCGCUAGUCGCCAACUUCUCAGUCUAACCCCAGCCAAAGAUGACAGCAGAACAACAUAAUUUACACUGUGAUUUAUCUUUUUUGCUGAGGGGAAAAAAUGUAAAAUGUUCUGAAAAUUCACUGCUGCCUUUGUGGAAAGUGUUUCAGCAAAGGUUCUUGUAUAGAGGGAAUAGGGAAUUUCAAAAUAAAAAAUUAAGUAUGUUCUGUGUUUUCAUUUUAA